CGCGACGUGCGCUGGUGGUCAAGGCAGGUGUGGUCGUGUAAGAUGAUGCUCCGAGUCGGCAAGCUCGAGUCUCGAGAUCGUCGAUCAUUCAUUGAAGCGCUUGUUUGUACAACUUUCUCUCGACCUCUCAUAUCCCUUUCAUCGAAUUUCGUUAAGGUGAGUAACUCUACCUUUUACGCUUUCAAGAUCACCCAAUUGAAGCUAUAUGAUCUGUCUAUUCAAGUCCAAUCGCAGAUGGUCCGUCAGUUCAAAUACCACGAACAAAAACUUCUCAAGAAGGUCGACUUCCUCAAUUGGAAGCAAGAUGCAAACCUUCGCGAGAUCAAACUGAUGCGACGUUAUCAUAUACAAGACAGAGAUGACUACCACAAGUAUAACAAGCUCUGCGGGUCCUUGCGUUCCUUUUCCCAUAGAAUAUCUCUGCUUCCACCACAAGAUCCUUCCCGCUCAAGAAUGGAGGCUCAGCUGCUCGCAAAGCUAUAUGACAUGGGAGUUCUGAAUACCUCGGCGAAACUAAGCGACAUCGAGAAUAAACUCACGGUCGCCGCGUUCUGCAGGAGGCGUCUAGCUGUGAUCAUGUGUAUGUCGAAGAUGGCAGAGACAGUCAGCGCUGCAGUGAAAUUCAUUGAACAGGGUCAUGUCAGAGUAGGCCCUGAUACCAUCACGGAUCCAGCAUUUUUGGUGACAAGGCACAUGGAAGACUUCGUGACCUGGGUAGAUACGUCCAAGAUGAAGAGGACUAUCAUGCGGUAUAACGAUGAGCUCGACGACUUCGAUUUGCUAUGAGUUUAGCGCUUGUUGCUGUUCAUUCAGCAAUCAGGCAGAUUUUGCAUCUCACACCAAGCGUGUCUGUCCAUGCAGGGCCGACUCUGUUUCAGAUCUACGGCAAAAUCUUGCAAUUCGUGACGACGAAGGGACAUGCCGUUGCGAUCCCUCUGUCACUCUGGCGGGGGUGAUCUUGUCUUGCAUUCUCGCUUUUGAUUGAGUGGGAAUCUCCAAUGUACCUUGGUCUAGGGCAGAGUUGAUCGGGCCAACAGGUCGUGAAGACUACAUGGUUAGCUAUUUUGGCAUUGUUGUAUAAUAGUACAUUGCAAGGCAUUAACCGAAUCUUACUACAAGAGUACUUCUGCUAAUUAAGAGACGUAAUGGUAACAACGCGAAGAAUUCAUUUCCUGACCAAAGAAUGAGAGAACGGGGAGAAAAAGAAAAUGCCCUUGUAUGUUGAAUGCUGUCUACCAGUUCUAAAAGUUCGAUGCUAGACAGGGCCUGCUGUCUAUGGACUCGCCAUGUGAGAGUCGCCUCCCGAUCUGCGUGCCGAUCGCAUCGACUCCUCAACGUCAAAACCCUCUCUGCUGCUAUCUCCUUCAUCCGUAUACGUCGAGUAUAUGCUCGCUGCAUCUGAGGACGCAGAGGAAUGUGUAGGUCGAAU